AUGUAUGACUCAGAGGGUGAAGACGAUGAUGCUCUGCUGUUCCCUACAUCUACAACCACCCCCUCGCGGCCAGCGUUGAGCGACCGUGACGCCAAAAAGCCACGAAAGUCGGCCGGCGGCGAGGAUGGGUACAACAGCGACGAUGAAGGUCGGCAGGGAGCCGUUGCCGACUCACAUGGCACGCUUCCUGAAGACGAAGGAGCUUUCGAGGAGGACCUCAGACGGGUCGGCUACCAGAUCAAGCGGAUGACAGGCGACGGCAACUGCCUGUUUAGAGCAGUGGCUGACCAGGUCUAUGGCGACGCUGAGAUGCACGACGAGGUGAGAAGUCGCUGCAUGGACUACAUGGAGAAAGAAAGGGAGCACUACUCGCAGUUCGUGGCCGAGGACUUCACAGAGUACGUGCGACGGAAGAAGCGGGACAAGGUGUUCGGCAACCACUUGGAGAUCCAAGCCAUAUCCGAGAUCUACAAUCGGCCGAUCGAGGUCUACGCCUACGGGCACAGAGAACCGAUCAACAUCUUCCACAAGCACUACUUCACGGAGUACGCGCCGAUCCGCCUCUCGUACCACUGGGGCAACCACUACAACUCGGUCAUCGAUCCCGAGAAUCCCUCCGUGGGCGUUGGGCUCGGACUGCCGCAGCUCAACAAUCCCGGCCUGGAGAUGGAGCGAGCCAUCGAGCAGUCGAUCGAGGACACACUGUACAAAGACGUGGUGGAAGCGAGCGAGUGGGAGGCUACGCAGAAGCAGCUGGAAGAGGAAGUGCUCCGCCAAAGUGCGCUCGAGGCCAACGUCGCCGUGCCCGGGAUCGACCGCGAGGGCGACUUCUUCAUGGGCGAGGGCGAGCUCAAAGCGGCCCUCGGCGGUGCCUCUCUGGACCCCUCUGCCGGCAGCGGCCUUGCAGCGUUCGGCGACGAGGACGAGCAACUCGCUGCCAUCCUCCGACAAAGCGAGCUCGAGUACUGGCAGUCCCUGAGUAGGGAGUAG